AUGCGCCACCGGGCACACGCUGUGCUCACGAGGACGGGACGCAAGGGAUGUGAGAGCAUGAGGCCUGGUUCUGGUUCUGGACAGGGCCUAAGCACGGAAGUAAGGACCCACCCAGGUCUACUCGAGAGGUUCGUCCGCGUCUGCAGGAGAAAAUGGAAAAUCAAACGGUCUGGCACCGUCCACAACCCCUCCCGUCCCGAUCUGGAAUAUGAUUGA